AGAAAAUGAGGCCUGACCUGGCCUGGUCCCCGAUCAUGCGUACUGCGAUCCAAGCAGGAGCAUCAGGCAAGCGGAGCACUGAACGAUGCAGCGGAUCAGUCCUCGAGGCUGCGACCAAAUAUCUCUCACAACGUCCCCUGCACCUGCCCGUCCCACCUGCAGGGCCAAAAAGAGCGUGGUGAUGACUGGUAUGGAGUCGCCCCUCGCCGUGCUGCUUCUCGCAACAUUGCUUGCCACGGCUCCGGCUGCCGCCUCGUCGGAGUCGAGCCAGUACUGCGAUGCCGGAAACGGGUUCGGUGAGCCCCGGUGCGGGGUUUCCUCGGAGGGGUCGCCGCCGAAGAUCUUGAUAAAGGGAGGCACGGUGGCGAAUGCUCAUGGGGUGGAGGUUGCCGAUGUUUAUGUGGAGGACGGGAUCGUCGUCGCCGUGGAGCCUCAUAUCGAGCAGGCGGGUGACGAUGUGACCAUCCUUGACGCUACGGGGAAAUAUGUGAUGCCAGGAGGAAUUGAUCCGCACACUCACCUUGAUGUGGAUUCGACGGGAAUCAAAGCGGUCGAUGACUUCUUCAGUGGUCAGGCUGCAGCUUUAGCUGGCGGGACAACAAUGCACAUCGACUUUGUGAAACCCUCCAAUGGGAGCUUAAUCGCAGGCGUUGAAGUAUACAAGAAGAAAGCACAGAAGUCUUGUAUGGAUUACGGUUUCCACAUGGUGAUUCACAAGUGGGACGAAGUCGUCUCUCGAGAGAUGGAAGUCAUGGUAAAUGAGAAAGGUAUCAAUUCUUUCAAGUUCUUCAUGGCCUACAAAGGGUACCAGAUGGUCAACGAUGAGGUUCUGUUGCAAGGACUGAAAAAGUGCAAGUCCCUGGGUGCAUUGGCGAUGGUCCAUGCUGAAAACGGCGAUGCUGUUUUCGAAGGCCAGAACAGAAUGAUUGAACUCGGUAUUACUGGACCAGAGGGACACGCUCUCUCCAGGCCCCCAGUGCUUGAAGGAGAGGCAACUGCUCGUGCGGUGCGUUUGGCUGGUUUUGUGAACACGCCUCUCUAUGUCGUGCAUGUGAUGAGUAUUGAUGCCAUGGAAGAAAUAGCAAAAGCUCGUCAGUCAGGGCAGAGGGUUAUUGGAGAGCCAGUGGUUUCUGGAUUGGUCCUGGAUGAUUCUAAGCUUUGGGAUCCUGAUUUCAUCACCGCGGCAAAGUAUGUCAUGAGCCCACCGAUUAGGUCAGCAGAGCAUGGCAAAGCUCUUCAAGCGGCUCUUUCGACAGGAAUUCUGCAGCUUGUAGGAACUGAUCAUUGCGCCUUCAAUUCUACACAGAAAGCUCUAGGAAUUGAUGAUUUUCGCAAAAUCCCAAAUGGCGUUAAUGGUAUCGAGGAGAGGAUGCAUCUUGUUUGGGACACAAUGGUGGAAUCUGGACAAAUUUCUGUCUCUGAUUAUGUCCGGAUAACGAGCACCGAGUGUGCUAGGAUCUUCAACAUUUACCCGAGAAAGGGAGCGAUUCUUGCGGGGUCUGAUGCUGACAUAAUCAUUCUCAACCCGAAUUCAAGUUUUGAGAUCAGUGCCAGGAAUCACCACUCUAGAUCAGAUACAAAUAUCUAUAAGGGAAGGAGAGGGAAAGGAAAGGUCGAAGUGACAAUUGCAGGAGGAAGGAUUGUUUGGAUGGAUGGUCAGCUCAAGGUCGCUUGUGGUUCUGGCAAGUUUGUAGAGAUGCCACUUGGUUAUCUUUUUGGGGGAAUGGAGAAAGAAGAUGCUAGAUAUCUCUCAUCCCUUCGAGCUCCAGUAAAGAGACAAUGAUCGGGUGCAUACCAGCAAGUACUAUGAGCUCUUGAGAGACAAACAUGUUUUUCAAACAAUGAGUGAGCGUGAAACAUUGUGCAGGUUUCAGCCGUGGCACAAAUUUCUUUGACAUAUGUGAAUUUGCUAUCAGGCGCUGAGUGACUGAAACUGCUUAGUUAUCGUGUGGCUUGACAUGUCAAAUUAGUGCUGAAACACUAGGUUUCCUGGAGCACUCAUUACUGUAGCAUGUGUAUUGAAUGCCUGAACGAGUAAUUAACGUGUUCGAGUAUGGCAUCACUUGGGUAUGCCUCAUGAUGUAAUGCAGCAAACGAUGUAUGUUUUGAAACUUCAGAUUGCUAAUAUGCCAAGCGGAACUCGUGUUUGAAA